AUGGCUGGGCACAUGGAGCUCCUUCGCUCGCUUCCAGAGUCUCUCCUGCGGUCCCCCGAGGCCGUCGACUCCAAUCACUUGCCCGAACCCUACGCGAGCGCCGGUGUCGCGUGUCCUGGCUGCGGUAGCACACACGUGCACGUUGCCAUGUCGUGGGGCUACCAAGGCAACCAGAAGCUCUUUGCUUGCUCUGACGCCCAUGCGAAUCUCAUCAAAGCUCAGCCGUCGGCGUACUAUACCGGCAAAGCGCCCAGCACGCGUGAGACGCCGCUCUGCGAACACUCGACCGUCAUGUUUGACGGCUUCCAGUCGUUUAAGAUGGUGCUGUGGCGCCUUCUGUGCAUGCUCGUUGCAGCCAGUGCUGCUCCCACUGCCAACAAGCAUUCGACCGCCUGCUCGCGCGAGCUCAGCCGCGAGGCCAUGCAUCUUCUCGAGCAGCACGUCUAUCGGCCUGCGCAGCAGCUUAGCUACACGAUGCCGCCGCCCGAGACAUGUCCGUUGGCGACGGACCAAGUGCUCUUCUUGGACCACGAGGCACACAAGUACCGCGUGCACGCCAACCGCUGGAAGUGCGGGUACUGCGGCAAGCAAUUCCGCGGUGAGCCCUUCGUGGACCAGCACAUGGACGCCAAGCACACGGCCGAGGACGACCAUGGUUUAUGUUUAGCCGACUUUUGCGGUAUUCUCAACUGCCCGUCGGCCCGCGCGCAGGCCCGGCACGCCAAGUGCAGCCACAAUACGGUGUUUCGUCUGCGCCAGCAGUGCAAGACACUCUUUCAAGCAUGCUUCCCGUACGAAGCUCCGUCUGUCAACACGAUGCGGCGGUCCGAGCCGGCGUCCAACGUGCUUUUUGAGUACGUGCGCGAACACGUCUGCGAGGCCAUCACGUGCGAAGGAAGCUACGAUGACGACGACGACACGUCGAGUCCGUUUUUCGCCGGCGUCAUCAUUGUGCUCAAGGUGCUUGGCAUGCUCACGCUCGUUGUCGCGUGCGUUCUUGUUCUGGAUCGGCCCGUCCGCACCAAGCGACAUCGACGUCACUAAUACCUGUGGUUGUAGUAUACUCUAUAACGUGAUUACCCAAACUUCAUGGC